AUGCAGGAAGAAAAAAUUCAAUAAUUUGAAGGCUUGAUAAAACAAGAAUAGAUUUUUUUUAAAAACUAAUUUUCAUAUUCAUUUUACUUAAUAACGAGGAAUUAAAUAUCUUUAUCAAGGCGAAAUCCUUUAUAAAGUAGAAUUUUAAGUUAAGUAAUUUGAUACAACAUGAUUUAUUAUUAAAACCAGCAAUAAUUACCAAUAUAGAAAAAAUAAUGCAUCUUAGAUGGGCAGAUAAAGAAGGAAAAAAUUAAAAAAAAUGGAUUCUGGUCAGCUAAUUAGAAGAAUCAAAAUUGUAAUGGUUGCGGUGGUGAGUAUCGUUUGUUUUUAAUUAACUUAAUUAUUAAGGAAGUACAUAUUUAAUGAUUAAGAGAUGUAUUAAUAUAAUUAAUAUUAAAUAGUGGAGGUGGACAAUAACAAGAAUGGAAAAUGGAUUGAGUUGAGUGAAGGAUUUACAUUUACCGGCUAGUAAAAAAUGAUAAAAAGUAGGUAGAUGGAAUACUGUAGCUUGGGGAUAAGAAUUGUUAAUUAUUAUAUUUAAUGUUUUAGUGUUGGUGGAUCUAAUGAUGAAGAUGGCCUUGAAAUUAAAAUUGGUUGGUGGACUAAGUUGAAUAAUAGAUUUUCUGAAUAUUCAUUAUUUUUUUUUAUUGGUGAAUAUAAAAAUGGAUAGAAAGUUGUUAAAUGGACACAUUUGUGGAAUAUUUAUUGGGAUAACAAAGAGGUGUAAAAUGUGAUUACAGUAAUUAUUUAGAGGUGGAGGUUGAUAUUAUUAAAAGAUAAUGGCAAGAAAAUUGGGAAGUAGAUUGGGUUGAGUGAUUAAUUUUCAUAUCUUUCUUAAGUCACUUGUUUGCUAUGUAUCAUUAAUAUUAAAUGUUGUAUUAUUUGA